CUACCCGCUCGUUCUAUUUCUAUGAGAAACCAAGAGGGAAAAGGGACAGUAUGAAGUAAACAGAUGUUCUGUGUCUGGAUAUCAUUCAAAAUAUUUCACAAUCAACAACCGUCUAAAUGUUUUUACGCAGCCUGUCAUUUCGCCAAUUUACUGCGUUUCGGUCGAUGCGGAGGCGUUUUCGAUGAAUCUCUGCUGCAUUACAGUAUGUGCAGGAGGCCUACAACUUAACAGUGGGUUGCAUGUUUAGGGGCCUCAAACAGGAAGGACACCAUGAACCUGAAUGAGAAGAAGCCCAACAAGUGGUGGACAGAACCGGACACGUUUGCCAUGCUGGCCCUCAUAGAGCAGAUGGGUCUGGUCCACGAGCUGGACAAGAAGCGUCAGCGCAACGAAUCCCUCUUCCGACGCCUCCGUUUGAGUCUGGCAAAGCGGGGCAUCCACUUCACCGUCACCCAGAUCCGUAACCGCUGGAAGAGCCUUAAACAUAAGUACCGUAAGAUCAAACUGGCCAGCUACCGAAGUCCAGCCGCACGCCUCUCUGCCGUCGAGUCUUUCCGCUACUUCCAUAUGCUGGAUCACAUGUUGGUGCGCAGACCAAAGACGGGAAGCAGGGAGGACAACCUCACAGAUGGUCACGACCUUCUCGGACGGUCACUCGCAGACCUGGAUGACCACACAGACAGUCCUUGGCCUGAAGGCGUAAUCCCUGAAGGCAUAAUCCCGAACUGUGAUCCUGAAAGCAUGUCUAAACUUGAACCUGAUGUUGAUGAGAGCCUGAAUCCAGAUGUCAUGGCUGGUUCUGAGCCUCCAAGCUGGGCUGUAGGACCAGAUGAAGUUAUGACCCUGGGCUUGUCAGGAGAAUACCUCUAUGCAGUGAAGACCGAACCACCAUCCCUGUGCACUCCCAACAGUACAGAAAGUACAAGAGACGCCGCCGACUGCGGCCACGACGAUUUCCCAGGAACUUCUGAGGAGACCAGCAGCCUCAUCCUCCAGCAGCUCACCAUCCUGAACCACCGGCUUGGAGAACAGCUGGCCGAGCAGAGAGCCUUCCACUGCAGCAUGCUGGGAAUGAUGGACCGCCAGAUCCAGGUCCUGGAGCAGCUCUCCAAUUUCACCAGGAACCACCAACCCAAGCUCGAAUCCUCAGAGACGGACUCCUUAGUUAGUCUGAACAUGCAUGAAGCUCAAACGCAGACUCUUGAGCCAUGUCCCAUGUUCCUCAUGCCCAAAAUCGAACCAACAGCUUGUCCUUGGAAGGUCUCUCUCGUGGAAGUCCACAAAAGGUCACCUUCUCAAUCGGGCAGUAACACUGAGACUUCUCAAACCCCGGAGGGGUGCAAAGAAAGCACUUCUAGCCCACCUUGUUUAGAGAUUUCAUCCUCAACCAAGAAUGCUGUUGUGCAGAAUGGAUUGUGUAAGCACGAUUGAGUGAUGUUCAUUUAUUGGGACGUUAUGUAUUCGGUAGGAACAACACCACCAUAAGUCUUUUGUCCUGUAGAUGUUUCAGGAUGUUGCUUGUCUGAUGCAAUAUCUGAAACAUCAACAUGUGCAUUUUCUUUUUCAGUUUCAUAGGAAAGUAUUAUAUUCAGUGCUCUGAUGUUUUAAUCAGUAACACUUCGGAGAAAUAGAACAAUAGACUUAUUGCUAUUAUUUAUUUACUUUGGUUUGUUUGCGAACUAACACUCAAUGUGAAUCUUAGAUGGUAAGUAACUUUUGAAAUUGCAGUUCGGACCAAGGUAGCUUUAUGUCUGUAAUCAUCUUGCAGUAUCCUAGAAAAAAAAGGCCAUUGGUAAGCUUAAAGAUGUGCAAAAGUAUGAAUUUCUUCCAAUUAUGUUUGGAACACACUUACUGAUUUUAACAAAAGAGUGUAUGUUAUGUCUAAUGUCAACUCAUAUGUGGUUUAGUAUGAACUUAUAAGUCUGUUAAUUUCAAUUACUGCUUGCCUCUUAUUAUAAAGUAAUAUUUCACUGAAAUGUGUCAUGAUAUUUUUCACAUGCAAAAUAAAUCAGGUUUGGAUUA